CGGGUUCGCGGUGGGACACAGCACGGUGGGCAGCGCUUCGGCAGACCCCGGAGAGCAUUCUAGCCUCCUUUCGAGAACAAGCCUAGAAAGUGCUAGUAAAGGCUGAGCUGGUAAAAUGGUCUUGGCAUUGCGGGACAGCUUCAGCGAGCGAUUUCCGAAAAUUGAGCAUGGAUGUCCAUGGCAGAAUAAGAGAAAUCCUUGCUGAGACAAUACGGGAAGAAUUAGCACCUGAUCAACAACAUUUAUCAACAGAAGAUUUGAUCAAAGCCCUUAGACGGCGAGGAAUCAUUGAUGACGUGAUGAAAGAACUGAAUUUUGUUACUGUGAGCAAUCUUUCAGGGAAAACAAUCAAAAGUGUAAUUGACAGUGUUGAUCAAGAUCUCCCUUCCUCCCCCAAACAACCUGUUUGUUUUGAUAAACAAUCAACAUUAAAAAAAACUAAUAUUGAUCCAACACGGAGGUAUCUUUACCUUCAGGUUUUGGGUGGAAAAGCUUUCUUGGAACAUCUGCAAGAACCUGAGCCUUUACCGGGACAAGUUUGUUCUACUUUUACUUUAUGUUUACAUUAUCGAAACCAACGUUUUCGUUCUAAACCUGUUCCAUGUGCCUGUGAACCAGAUUUUCAUGAUGGUUUUUUACUUGAAGUACACAGAGAAAACUUAGGUGAUGGAACUAGAAUGGCUGAUUCAACAACAAUGUUAUCUAUCAGUGAUCCAAUUCAUAUGGUGCUAAUUAAAACGGACAUAUUUGGUGAAACCACUUUAGUAGCUUCCUAUUUUCUGGAGUGGCGAUCAGUUUUGGGCUCAGAAAAUGGAGUGACUAAUCUGACUGUGGAACUUAUGGGUGUAGGUACAGAAUCAAAAGUUUCUGUGGGAAUUUUAAAUAUAAAACUUGAAAUGUACCCACCACUCAAUCAAACAUUAUCUCAAGAAGUAGUGAAUACACAGCUUGCUUUGGAACGUCAGAAAACUGCAGAGAAAGAACGAUUAUUUCUCGUAUAUGCCAAGCAGUGGUGGAGAGAAUAUUUACAGAUUCGACCCUCACACAACUCACGGCUGGUUAAGAUUUUCGCACAGGAUGAAAACGGGAUAAAUAGACCAGUCUGUUCUUACAUUAAACCACUUCGAGCUGGACGGCUUCUGGACACCCCAAGGCAAGCAGCAAGAUUUGUUAAUGUCCUUGGUUAUGAACGAGCCCCUGUUAUUGGAGGAGGAGGUAAACAGGAACAGUGGUGCACUCUGCUGGCCUUUCUCUGUAGAAACAAGGGUGACUGUGAAGAUCAUGCUAACCUUCUGUGUAGCCUGCUUCUUGGAUAUGGAUUAGAAGCCUUUGUCUGUGUUGGGACCAAGGCAAAAGGAGUGCCUCAUGCGUGGGUUAUGACCUGUGGAACUGAUGGGACUAUCACUUUUUGGGAGAGUUUAACAGGACACAGGUACAUCCACAAACCUACCAAUCCUGAUGAGCCUCCACUUGCUGAACAGCCUAAACCAUUGUAUCCAUACCGAACAAUUGGUUGUGUUUUCAAUCAUCAGAUGUUCCUGGGAAAUUGUCAACCCUCUGAUGCGGUAGAAACCUGUAUAUUUGAUUUGAAUGAUGAAUCCAAAUGGAAACCCAUGAGUGAAGAAGCAAUUAAAUCUGUGUGUGCUCCAGGGGCUACAACCUCUCUUCCUCCCUUUCCACCUCUGUGUGCAUCCACAAUUGAUGCGUCAGUAACAAGUAAUGAGAUAGAAAUGCAACUGAGGCUCCUGGUGUCUGAACACAGGAAGGAUCUUGGCCUCACUACAGUUUGGGAAGACCAGCUUUCUUAUUUGUUAUCACCGGCUUUGGCUUCUUAUGAAUUUGAGCGUACAACGAGUAUCUCUGCAGGCAAUGAAGAAUUUCAGGAUGCUAUCAGGAGGGCUGUGCCUGAUGGUCACACAUUUAAAGGAUUCCCGAUACAUUUUGUGUAUAGAAAUGCAAGGCGUGCAUUUGCCACGUGUCUUCGAUCUCCUUUCUGUGAAGAAAUAAUUUGUUGCCGUGGAGACCAGGUGCGACUGGCAGUUCGCGUCCGAGUGUUUACUUACCCUGAAUCUGCAUGUGCUGUUUGGAUCAUGUUUGCUUGUAAAUAUCGCUCAGUAUUAUAGGACUAACAUUUCUGUAAGAAUUAUAUCUGAAUUCUAGCUGUUUAGAGGUUUCUUAUUUUAAACUUAUAAUCUGGCUUGGGUAUCAUUUGAAUUUUGUACAUAUACCUGACUGAUAAUGUUUAAAAAAUCAUAAGGUGUGUUAUUUAAAAAUUAAGGAUGAACAAGGAUAAAAAAGGGAAAAAAUAAAUAAAAAUUAAAAUUAAGGAUAAACAACUUGUAUAAUAUAAGUGGAAUUUAGUAUAAAUUAAGUGUAUAUUCUAUUUUAAUAAUGCUACUUUGUUUACAGGUAUUCUAUAGUUUAAAUGUGAAUAUAAAAUUUACUCAGUUUUCUUUAUAUGAAUAAAUAAUCAUAGAGAUAUUUGUGUAAGAGUUAUAAGCCAUAGUAAAAUCAACACUAUUAUUUUUCAUUGACUGAUGGGAUUAUUUUAUAUGAUUUAGGAGAAUUUAAACCUCACCACAAAUUUAUUUAUUAAAACGAUGAAAAUACAUUUUGAUGAAUUCACUUUUGUGGUUUACCAAUGGCCAAAGGGAUGCUUGAGACUUGCCAGAAAUUUAUAGGAAGACCUUGAAGCAAGUGUAGGAAAAAAAUUAGUUACCAGACAAGCAUAAAGAUUAAUAACAAACCUCACAUGAAAGCAUAUAAUUUUAAGUGUCAGUUUGAUUCAUUAUAAAAAUUAACUGGGGGGAUCAGCAGUUGGCGUAAUGGUUAUGUUGCUGGACUCCCAUGUAGUCGACCGUGGUUCAA